AUGGCGUCGUGGAAACAGACUAACGUCAACGCCUCGCGUGGAAUUCGAAGACGCUUCAUCGAACACAUAAACGGGUUUUGCAAUGGGUAUCCUAAGACAGAGUCCUGGAAAGAGGGUAGUGAUUGCUGUUUGUGGGAUGGUGUCACUUGUGAUACAUUCACUGGACAUGUGAUUGGCCUCGACCUUAGUUCGAGUUGGCUUCUUGGCUAUAUCGAUGAUGAUAGCAGCCUCUUUCUCCUCCUCCAUCUCCAGAAGCUAAAUCUCGCUUGCAAUGAUUUCCUUGGAUCGCAAAUCUCAUCCAGAUUUGGUAAGUUCACCAAAUUAACACAUCUUAACCUUUCUUACUCCAAUUUGUUUGGCCUAGUUCCCACUGAAAUGUUUCUCCUAUCUCAUCUUAUUUCACUUGAUCUCUCCAACUAUGGCCUAAGUAUGGACCAUCAUGGUUUCAAUAAGCUCUCGCAAAAUCUAACAGAAAUAAGAUAUCUUCAUCUUAACUCUGUUGACAUGUCUACUGUUUCAACUGGUUCUUUGGUAAACCUGUCUUCUUCUUUGAUAUCCCUCAACCUCAGGAAAACUCAGAUACAAGGCAAGUUUCCAAAUGAAAUAUUUCUAUUUCCAUUUCUCCAGCGGCUUAUAUUGUCAGCAAAUGAUCACAUCACAGGUAAUUUGCCAGAGUUUAAUAAGUGCAGUCCUCUCAAAGAACUGGAUCUUUUUUAUUGCAAUUUCCAAGGGUCACUUCCAUCAUCACUUGGAAACCUUACAGAAAUCGCCUUUAUGGAUUUGUCAGGGAACGGUUUUACCGGUCAAGUCCCAACUUCAUCAUCUAAACUUGUCCAGCUCACAUGGCUAUUUCUUGCACAUAACAAUUUUUUUGGAAAAUUUCCGGAUGUUUUGGGUCAAUUUCCUAGCCAGAUAAGCGGUCUUCCAUAUCUUGGUGACAUCAAGUUAAAUAAUAGUUUUCUAAGUGGCAGAGUACCGACAUGGUUGUUUACUCUGCCAUCUUUGGGGAGUUUAGAUCUUUCCCACAAUAAACUCAUAGGUCCGAUGGAGCAGUUCCAGCACCCUGGUCCAAUAAGGAAAGUUGAUUUGUGUGAUAACGUGAUUCAUGGUCCUAUUCCAGAUUCGAUUUUUCAACUUUUGGAUCUCAUAGAACUAGCCCUUGCAAACAACAACUUCAGUGGCAAUGUGCAGUUAAAGAUGCUUUCAGAGCUCAAAAAUCUGACGCGUAUUGAUCUUUCAUAUAAUGCACUUUUGUCAGUAACAGGAUCUUGCCCCAGCUUAAUGAAGUCUUUUUAUCCUCUUGUAGCUUAA